AUGGCUAGUGCUGCAAAAGAAACCGUGUGUGGGCGGAUAAACAGGAGACGCCGACAGAGAAGCGACAACACCAACGUCCACUCGCCUCUGGUGCCUAGACUCGAGUCCGAGAUCGUCGACUCUUCGCUUUGUGUGUCCGUCUCCAUUGAGGCGACCAACACAGGCCAAUACAAUUUUGGGCGACAACGUGCAGUCGGCCGGUGUGAUAUUCGGCCCCUAGCGCCAACUUUCGCGUCGACCAGCAGUAGCCUGAAUCUGGUGUAUCCGUCUACAGCCGGUCGGCUCGACCAAUCCACGAACGUGAUCGUCCCCAUCUCGCCCGCGAUCGUCGAGUCGUCAGCACUUCGAGACCAUCACGUCUGUCCGUCUCACAACUCCUGUAGACACACCCAAAGGGAGUGGCCAAGCCUAAGGGGCCGUUGUCAAGUAGGAAAAGACGAGCAGCAGCAGGAAGAGGAGAGGCUGAGGGACAUACGAGGAGGACACACCUUGCUCUACCCUCCGGAGCCUGGAUCAGUGAGAUUGGAAGGUAGCCAGGCAACACUGGGAGAAAAGGGGGUGGGUCAAGGAGUGAGGGAAGAGGUGGAGGAGGCGGAGGAGGAGGAGGAGGAGGAAGAGGAGGAAGAGGGGGAGGAGGAGGAGGAGUUAACAUACGACUCGGACAGACCAUAUAGUCCUACUGUUUCUUCGCUCGGCCAGCAGAGCCUCACUUUGGGUCGGAGAAACUCGGUCACACUCCUCAACUCCAGUGAAGCCGGUGCCAACCAAUUCGCCCAGUUUACUUGCCUUGGCGGCGGUGGUGGCGGAAGCCGCCCUCUCGUCAACCGCGAUCUGCCAUCGUCAGAGAGGAAGACGAACCAACCAUUCGAAAGUCCACCUGAUCGGACCAUCUUAACUGCUUGUACCCGUCCGGCCGGUAGCCGUCGUCGUCUCGCAUCGGCCCUCGGCUCGAGCCCGUUUCCGGCACCAGCGCCGUCGCUGUCGCCGCCGCUUGCCUUGACCGGCCUCGUCUAUCUUCCCCUCGACGAAGAGGCUGCAAAGUCGACAACACUCAAACAGAAGUCGGCCGCCAACUUCAAUUCAAACUCGAGCUCCGACUCGCGAGCAGUCGAGCGGUUUGAGUCUACGCCGCGACCUGCUGAGGACUUAAGGGACGCCAGAGAGGCGAUUCAAGGGCAGACAGUUCUGCAGGGCUCGGAGCAGAAGAAGCAGGAGGAGGUGGAGGAGGAAGAAGAGUCGAAUUCGACAAAGAGCAACAACACGGACAAAUCGGAUCUGUCGAAGGGCAGCCUUGAAGAGCGACUGAUCAGUCAGACUUCACAAAAGGUAGUCGAGUUGAUCGGAACCCCCAACUACCUGUUGCCCUAUCUGGACGUGGAGACCGAGAGGGAGUUGGGCGAAGUGCGUCUCUCGGAGCUGCCAAGAGACUUUCUGCUCGAGCCUCACCUCCAAUUGACCGGGCCGCUUGGCUCGUUCAUUUCAGAGCCGCAAUCGGCCAUUCGGUACCGCUCGUCGACGACUCACGACCAAGCCUCAGACACGUUUGCGCUUGGAGCCACAAAAGACAACAGCUCCAGCCUCGACGGUCACCUGCACCGUUCCAUCAGCCCCUCGGACUCGACCUCCACCUCGGGCUUCCUUUCGCUAGCCGGACUCGCCUACGCACGUGCCACCCUCGUACUGGGCGCCGAAGGAAUCGAACCCACAACUACCGUCACAAGCACAAGCACAAGCAUA